UUCGUUCAGUGGUGAGAGCCACUCUCCGGGGUACAGAUGAGAGGCAAACAAUAUCAUCAACCACUGAAGUUGACAGCGCCUUGGGAGAAGGAUGCUGGUUUUGGGAGGAAGCUUAAAACCUACAGGAAUCAUACCAAGAUAAUAGCACAGCCUGGGAUCGUGAUGAAAGUCCUCCGCAGGAAGAGGAUUGUGUUAUUUAUGGCCUAUUUCUUGCUGCUGGUCCUGACUAUGCUCAACUUGGCUAAUUAUAAAUGGACUAAGGAGCCACAGCAGUGUAAUCAUCAGAUGAGAAGCACCACUUAUCAGAGCAGAUCUGACAUUCGCUUCCUGUACAGGCCUUCUCUGGCCAAAAAGAGACAGCUUAUCUACGUUCUGACCACCUGGAGGUCAGGCUCGUCUUUUUUUGGGGAGCUUUUUAACCAAAAUCCUGAAGUGUUCUUCUUGUACGAGCCAAUGUGGCACAUCUGGCAGAAACUGUACCCAGGUGAUGCAGUGUCUUUACAAGGGGCAGCCAGGGACAUGCUUAGCUCCUUAUACCGCUGUGAUUUGUCUGUUUUCCAACUUUACAACAGCCCCGGGGGCAAGAAUUUUACCUCCUUAGGACUAUUUGGGGCCACCCUCAAUAAAGUGGUGUGUUCUUAUCCCCUCUGCUCAGCCUACAGAAAAGAAGUGGUGGGGAUGGUGGAUGAUAAGGUGUGUAAAAAGUGCCCCCCUCAAAGCCUUAGACUGUUGGAGGAGGAGUGCCUCAAAUAUAGCACCAUAGUCAUUAAAGGGGUACGCAUUUUGGACGUUAAUGUGUUGGCCCCACUAAUGGAGGAUCCAUCCUUGGAUUUGAAAGUGAUACACCUGGUCAGAGACCCACGGGCAGUGGCCAACUCUAGGAUCAAAUCCAGACAUGGCCUGAUAAGGGAGAACUUACAGGUGGUCCGCAGCAGGGACCCUAAACUUCGCCGGAUCCCAUUUGUGGAUCCUGGUCACAAAGCCAACAAGAAGGAUGGCUCAGACUACCACUCCAUAGGAGCCAUGGAGGUGAUCUGUGACCGCACCUCCAGGACGUUGAGGACUGCCUUAAACCCACCCAGCUGGCUGAAGGGGAAGUACAUGGCCGUGCGGUACGAGGACCUGGUCGAGAACCCAGUUAAGACCUUGCGGAACAUCUACCGUUUUGCCAACCUGACCACCAACCAUGACAUCGAGUCAUUUGCGCUGAACAUGACCAGCGGCUCCAGUUCCUCCUCUAAGCCAUUCAUUGUCUCAUCCAGGAAUGCUACACAAGCUGCUAGUGCAUGGAGAACAGUGCUCAGCAUUCAACAAAUCAAACAAGUGGAGGACUACUGCCACCAUGCCAUGUCCGUGCUUGGGUACGAAAGAGUGAGAACAGCCGGGGAGGCGAAGGACUUGAGCAAAUCACUACUGACACACUCCAAACUGUGAAGACAUCCUCACCACCAAAGACCUUAUAAUUUAAUGUUCAUUUUGCAUCGAGUGCCGUUUCCUCUUCUUGUGGAAUUAAAGCUUUACUUUAAAUCAGUGUUUGAGGAACUCCACUGGCCACAUUUGGAAUGUAUCUUGUUUCCCUCAGUUGAAUUGCAGUGGUGUUCGAAGGGACCACUUCUUUUAUAUUGGAAUACUCGAUGUGUUUGACAAUGCAAGGCCUACAAACAAUGGCUUGAACAGUAAAGCUGCAACUAUGGAAAAAAACCCAGCUGUAUAAUUCA